AUGGCAAGGUGUGUGGGCCAAGCUUCAUGGUCUCUAUUCUUAGCUGGGCUGGUGCUAACAGUAGUGGGAAUGGCCUUGGAAUAUGAAGGAGUUCCUGGUCAGUGGGCUCGCUACGGCCAGUGGGAUGCCAAGGCAUCAGGAGAGCUCAGUUUUAUUCUGAAAACCAACAUCAGCAAAGCCCUGGUGCUCUACCUGGAUGAUGGAGGGAACUGUGACUUCCUGGAGCUUCUCAUUGCAGAUGGGAGACUGCAGCUUCGCUUCACCAUCCAUUGUGCCGAACCGGCCAUCCUGCACAUGGAGACUCCCGUCAAUGACAAGCGCUGGCAUCGUGUCCUCAUCACUCGUAAUUACAAGGAGACAAGACUGGUGGUGGAUAAUGAGAACAAAGUGGCAGAGGUCAAGUCCAAGAAGAAUGAGAUGGUAGUAGCCAGUGACCUCUAUAUAGGUGGGAUCUCACCAGAUGUGCGUCUUUCUGCCCUGACAUCCAGCACUGUCAAAUAUGAGCCGCCUUUCCAGGGCCUUAUAGCUAAUUUAAAACUGGGGGAGGCACCACCAGUACUGUUGGAUGGUCAAGGUGUUCGUAGUGACUUGGAGUACCUAUGUGCCACACAUUCUCCCUGCAACAAUAGAGGCCUGUGCUCCAUCUAUCAGGGAGAAGUCAACUGUGACUGCAACAAUACUGGCUACAGCGGGAGGUACUGUCACGAAGCUAUCCAGAAAGAAGUGGAAGGUCUGGCUCACCUGAUGUUAAAGCGCCAAGUUUAUUACCAAGGGCAGGGGGAAUCAGUUGCCACCUUCAAAGGGAAUGAGUUCUUCAGCUACAACCUAUCUCAGACGCCCAUCCAGAGCAGUCUGGAUGAGAUCACACUCUCCUUCCGUACCCUGCAGAGAAAUGGCCUGCUGCUUCAUACGGGGAAAUCGGCCGACUAUGUCAAUCUGUCCCUGAGAAAUGGAGCGGUGUGGCUGGUGAUCAACCUGGGCUCUGGCGCCUUUGAGGCCUUAGUUGAACCUGCCAGCGGCAAGUUUAAUGAUAAUGCCUGGCACGAUGUCCGCGUGACGCGCAACCUCCGCCAGGUUAUUAUUCUGGUGGAUGGCAUUAUUACCACCACAGGCUACACCCAGGAGGACUACACCAUGCUCGGAUCUGAUGACCUCUUCUACAUCGGUGGUAGCCUAAACACAGCCGACCUGCCGGGUUCCCCGGUCAGCAACAACUUUAUGGGUUGUCUGAAAGACGUGGUCUACAAGAAUAAUGAGUUUACACUGGAGCUGUCACAACUGGCUGAGCGCCAAGACCCUAAGGUCAGCAUCCAUGGUGACCUUUUAUUCCGCUGUGAGGAUGUGGAGGCCCUGGAGCCGGUGACCUUUGACACCCCGUCUGCAUACCUGACUUUGCCCCGGUGGAUCACCAAGAAGACAGGCUCCAUAUCUUUUGACUUCCGUACCACAGAGCCGAACGGCUUGCUGCUGUUUAGCCAUGGCAGACUGCAGGGCCAGCAGCCCGACAGGAAGCCCAGGGCAGACUACUUUGCAAUGGAGCUGUUGGAUGGCUUUCUCUACUUACUCAUGGAUAUGGGCUCUGGCAGCAUCAAGGUGAAAGCCAGUAACAAGAGGCUCAGUGACGGAGAGUGGUGCCAUAUCGACUUCCAGAGAGAAGGGCGUAAAGGCUUCAUAUCCGUGAACAGCCACAGCAGCCCCUACUCUGCAAAUGAAGGCAGUGAGGUUCUAGACCUAGAUGGGGAUAUGUAUCUUGGGGGCUUGCCUGAGGAGCGCCACAGCCUUGUGUUACCCCCGGAGGUAUGGACCGCCUCCCUGAACCUCGGCUACGUGGGCUGCGUGAGGGACCUGUUCAUUGACGGACAGAGCCGUGACCUGUGGAAGCUGGCCGAGGUUCAGAGUGCUGCAGGUGUUAGCAGCUUAUGCACCAGAGAGACUCAUGUCAGAUGCGCCAGAGACACGUGUGCCAAUGGUGGGCAGUGCCAAGAAGGCUGGAACCGCCACAUAUGUGACUGCAGUGAUACCGGCUUCUGGGGCCCCAACUGUGAGAACGAGGCCACAGUGCUGAGCUAUGAUGGCAGCAUGUACCUGAAGGUGGUGCUGUCAAGGACUCAACACACAGAGGCCGAGGACGUGUCCCUUCGCUUUAUGUCCCAGAGGGCCUUUGGGCUGCUGAUAGCCACCACCUCCCGAGACUCAGCUGACACACUGCGUCUGGAGCUGGAUGGAGGAAGGGUGAAACUCACUGUUAACCUGGAUUGUAUCAGGAUAGACUGUAAUCUCAGCAAGGGACCAGAGAUACUUCUGGUAGGCCAGAGGCUGAAUGACAAUGAGUGGCACACUGUUAAGGUGGUGCGCCGUGGGAAGAAUUUGCAACUAUCUGUUGACAACGUGACUGUGGAAGGCCACAUGACCGGCGUACACUCCCGCCUCGAGUUCAACAACAUCGAGACGGGUAUUAUGACAGAGAGGCGCUUCAUCUCAGUGAUACCCUCCAACUUCAUCGGGCACCUGCAAGCCCUGUCCUUCAACGGGAUGCCUUACCUGGACCAGUGCAAGAAUGGAGACAUUUCUUACUGUGAACUGAAUGCCCGCUUCGGCAUGAGGCACAUUGUGGCCAACCCGGUGACUUUUCUCACCCAAGCCAGCUACCUGGCCUUCUCUACCUUGCAGGCCUAUGCCUCUAUGCACCUCUUCUUUCAGUUCAAGACCAUCAGCCCGGAUGGCCUGAUACUCUACAACUCUGGAGAUGGAAGCGACUUCGUAGUGGUGGAGAUAGUCAAAGGGUACAUUCAUUAUGUUUUUGACUUGGGUAAUGGGCCAUCAUUAAUGAAGGGCAACUCUGACAAACCACUCAAUGACAACCAGUGGCACAAUGUGGUGGUCUCACGUGACAACAACAAUGUUCACAUCCUCAAGAUUGAUUCCCGGACAGUUACCCAGCACUCCAAUGGAGCUCGCAAUCUGGACCUAAAAGGUGAGUUGUAUAUAGGUGGUGUUGGGAAGAGCACGUACAGCAGCCUGCCAAGACUGAUAGCAUCCCGGGAAGGAUACCAGGGUUGUCUGGCAUCUGUGGAUCUGAACGGGAGACUCCCCGACCUGCUCUCAGACGCCCUCCACAAAGUGGGCCAGGUGGAACGAGGCUGCGGAGGCCCUAGCACCACCUGCACAGAGGAGUCCUGCAAUCAUCAGGGAGUGUGUCUCCAGCUAUGGGAGGGCUUCUCCUGUGACUGCACGAUGACCACCUACGGAGGCCCAUUUUGCAACGAUCCUGGGACCACAUAUAUCUUUGGGAAAGGCGGAGCUCUGAUCACGUACACCUGGGCCCCCAAUGAACGGCCAAGCACCCGGGCAGACCGCUUAGCUGUGGGGUUCAGCACGCAGCAGAAGGAUGCCAUUUUGGUUCGAGUGGAGAGCACCCAUGGUCUUGGAGACUAUCUUCAGCUGCACAUAGAUGAAGGAAAGAUCGGCGUUAUCUUCAACGUGGGGACAGAUGAUAUUACCAUUGAUGAACCCGCUGUCAUGGUAAAUGAUGGCAAAUACCAUGUUGUACGGUUCACACGCAGUGGUGGCAAUGCCACCCUCCAGGUGGACAACCAGCCCGUCAUCGAGCGCUACCCACCAGGGCACUAUGAUAAUGAACGACUGGCUAUUGCUAGACAAAGAAUCCCAUACAGACUUGGUCGGGUAGUUGACGAAUGGCUACUCGAUAAAGGGAGACAGUUAACCAUCUUUAACAGUCAGGCGGCCAUAAAGAUUGGUGGCACUGACAAGGGUCAGCCAUUCCAGGGUCAGAUCUCGGGACUCUACUACAACGGUCUCCAGGUGCUGAAGCUGGCUGCAGAGAGUGACCCCAGUGUUCAGGUGGAGGGGAACCUCCGCCUGGUCGGAGACGCCCUCUCUGCAACGGCGACUGACAUCACCUCCGCCACCCCGCUGGCUGUCUCUGAUAUGUCUACCACCAUCAUGGAAACUACUACCACCAUGGCUACCACCACCACCCGCAGGCAGCGCUCCCCAAGCUUGAGGGAGAGCAUCUCAAAGCCCCAGAACUCUGAUGAUAUUUUGGUGGCAUCAGCUGAGUGUCCCAGUGAUGAUGAGGACCUGGAAGAGUGUGAGCCAGGAACAGGAGGUGAAUUAGUCUUGCCUAUAAUAACAGUGGAUUCCCUUGAGCCCCCAUCCAUCGCCACCCGUUACCCUGUCAUCCCUCCUCCUCCCACCCUGUUGUCCCCACUUGAGACCACCAAAGAAUCCCUAAUACUUUCCCCGCCCCCCUCCUGCCCCCCGGACCAGGAGGACUGCGGUGACCCUGUGGAGGUAUCAGCCUUCGGCUCUGGCGAAAUGACGGAAUCAGAUGACGAGGACUUUUACAAUAAUAACUCCCCCAUGGUCACUGAUAGGACAGUCCUUCCUCCACCCCCCGCCGCUGGUGAGGGUGGAGCCCAAAAACCCCGCCCCCUACCUCCUUAUGCUCCCACCACCAACCCUGACCAGCUCCACAUCCCUGCAGGCAAAAUGAACACCCGUGACCAGGUGCUUCUGCCCCCUGCUCCUCCAUCAUCUCGAAACACACCAGGACUAACUUACCCCCCCAAUUUUCCCCAUGUGCCCACAGCCGACCCUACAGCCCCUGAUGAGAAGGGCCACCCUGGUGCCGUGGAGGUGAUAAGGGAGUCCAGUAGCACCACAGGAAUGGUGGUGGGUAUUGUGGCUGCUGCUGCUCUCUGCAUUCUAAUCCUUCUCUAUGCCAUGUACAAGUACCGCAAUCGGGAUGAGGGCUCCUACCAGACAGACCAGGGCCACAACUUUGCCAACAAUUCCACUGCAGAGGGCAACGGAGCAGUGGUCAAAGACAAAACUUCAAGCACAGCAACAGCCGCUGUGACCAAGGCAGUCACAAAGGGCAAGAAGAACAAAGACAAAGAGUACUAUGUGUAA